CUGGGCUAGGCUGGAGCUCCUCAGGCUUUCUUCCUGGCGAGGGCGGGUCAGCUCUUAUGAAGUCCUCCACCUACUUCGAACCUCCCGCCCUAUAUUCCCCACCUCCCUACCCCUGUUCUCCUCAGGGAAUUUCCCCAAAAUGUCUGAGCAGCCAGUUUCCUCUCGGAGCCUCUGGGUGGACAUGGAUAAAAGGGACCCGAAGUCCUCGGAGUGCACAAAGCUGGAGAACUCUCCACCUGUGCUUCUACUCUCAAACUCCACGCCCGCUAAGUUACCAUGCGCUCUAGUACUUGCGCCUCAGCCGCUGCAGGCUCUGCACUCCUUCGGUCAAGGCUGCUGCCUCUCUUGUUGCUGGCUACUUUAGCGUGCAUUGCCAAUGCUUCCAAGCCAAUCGUAACCGGAGAGCUGCGCUGCAAGUGCGUGAAGACCACACAAAAGAUUCAUCCCAAAAUUAUAGCCAGUGUGGAAGUGAUCACAGCGGGACCCCACUGUGCCAGAAACGAAGUCAUAGCCACUUUGAAGAAGGGGACUGAGCUUUGCCUCAACCCUGAAGCCCCUUGGGUGAAGAAAGUUAUCCAAAGAUUCUUAGACAAUGAUUCUCCACUUUGAUUUACUUAAGAUUGAAACUUAGACUGAUCCUCUCUUUUGUUCAACAGUGGAACUGACAAAGACUGAUGAAGUGAUGAUUCUCUGUAAGAAAAUUUGGAUUCCUUAGCGGAAGAUCUUUCAAGGAAUUUUUUUUGGGGGGGAGGGAGUACAAAGAAUACUACAAGAAAAUGCUUCAACCAGUCAGUCAGCUAGCCAUCACUCACUGAUUUAGCAUUCAUAACGAAUACACUUAAUGGGUAGUACUCCUUGCCUUUGGCAUUCUCAUGGCCACGUUAUGAACUUGGCAUUGAUUUUUUAAAAAGUUAUUUGACCUAUUUAUUUUUUACAUUGCAUAUUAUUCUUUUAUAAUUAAAUCUUUGGCAAUUGACCAACUGUUUAGAAGUCACUCCACCACGUGGAGAUUGGUAAUCAAUGAAUACCUUAUUGUAGUCAAGGCAUUUUAAGAGUUAAAGAAAAGCUACAUAUACUCCAUAGCUUAAUCUAUGAAUAUGGAAUGAGUUUUAAUGCCAAAAAAACAUGAUUAAUAGGACAAGGGAGAUAAAAUAAAAACUAGUUCCAAGGCAUGUGUAGUAAGGUUCCUAUGUCAGUAUAGAAAUAAUGCUCAAGAAAGCUAGGGUGUCAUAAGUUUACUUGUCAUAUGUUAUUUUAUUUGGAAUUUCCAAGUAUUUGAGUUCUAAAGAAAGA